GUGUCCGGAGUGGGUGCAGAGGAGUGGGUGUCCGGAGUCGGGGAUCGAGCAGCAGGAUGGGAAGGAAGCCGGGGUGGAGCGCGCAGGGGUGCCUGUAGUUUUUGAGGAUCUCGGUGCCAUUUGCGCACAGCCGACGUUUACGCAUCGGAGUGUCCAGACCCACGGGUGGCAGAUGGCGCGGUUCGUGGGAUAUUUGCUUGUUUACGCGCAGUUUGUGCUGCUGACGCGCUGCGUGGAGGUGGAUUUCUGCAUACCUGUCCGCGUGGAGGAGGACGAGCAGCGGGCGGAGGAUGUUGUUUUCAGGUUGAGCGCGUUCCAACAGGAGCUGUUCCUCCACCUGACGCCCGACUCCAGCUUCCUCCCCCCCGGGGUGGAAGCUGUCCCGGAGGCCCCUGGGGGCCCCGGUACCCCCGGGGGCCUCCGGGACUGCUUCUACUCCGGGGGGGUCAACGGAGACCCGGAGUCCUUCGCGGCGCUCAGCCUGUGCCGCGGUCUGAACGGAGGGUUCUCCUACGACGGCAUGGAGUACUUCAUCUCCGCGGGCGCGCCGCCGGGCUCCAACACGGGCUCGGGGACGCACCGCGUCCUGCGCCGCGGGAGCGCAGCGCCCUCCGCGGGGGGGAACGGCACCAGCAGGUGCGGAGUCGCACCCGACACCAACGUCUCCCUCUCCCUGGACAAAUACAAACACAUGCACAUGGAGCUGGAGCUGGAGCUGGGGGCCGAGCACGGCUGGACCGAGACCAUCCUCAGGUCCCUGGGCAGGUCCAAGAGGUUCGCCUCCAUCCCCAGGUUCGUGGAGGUGCUGGUGGUGGCGGACGAGUCCAUGGUGAAGUUCCACGGAGACGACCUGAAGCAUUACCUGCUGACGCUGAUGUCGGUGGCAGCGCGGCUCUACAAGCACCCCAGCAUCCUGAACUCCAUCAACAUCGUGGUGGUGGGCUUCAUGGUGAUGGGCGAGGCGGACAAGGGGCCCAAGGUCUCCAGCAACGCCGCCCUGACGCUGAGGAACUUCUGCUCCUGGCAGAAGAAGCUGAACAAGCCCAGCGACAAGCACCCGGAGUACUGGGACACCGCCAUCCUCUUCACCAAGCAGGACCUCUGUGGAGCCUCCACUUGCGACACGCUGGGGAUGGCCGAUGUCGGGACCAUGUGCGACCCAAAGAGGAGCUGUUCUGUCAUUGAGGACGAUGGCCUACCGUCAGCUUUCACAACGGCUCAUGAGCUGGGCCACGUCUUCAACAUGCCCCACGACAACGUAAAGGCGUGCGAGGAGGUGUUUGGGAAACUCAAGGACAACCACAUGAUGUCCCCCACGCUGAUCCAGAUCGACAGGAGCCGGCCCUGGUCCGUGUGCAGUGCAGCCAUCAUUACCGAGUUCCUGGACAGAGGUCACGGUGACUGUCUGUUGGACCAGCCUCAGAAGCAGCUGUCCCUCCAUGAUAACCUGCCCGGCUCUACCUACAGCCUCCACCGACAGUGCGAGCUCGCCUUCGGCACCGGAUCCAAGCCCUGCCCCUACAUGCAGCCCUGCUCCAAGCUGUGGUGCACCGGCAAGGCCAGCGGGCAGCUGGUCUGUCAAACCCGUCACUUCCCCUGGGCCGACGGCACAGGCUGUGGCAACGGCAAGGUCUGCUACCGAGGAGCCUGCGUUGACAAGAACACCACGGUGCAGAUCAAGGUUGAUGGACGGUGGGGGAAGUGGGGAGCAUUUGGAGACUGUUCCAGAACUUGUGGUGGGGGGGUUCAGCUGGCCAAGAGAGAGUGUAACAACCCAACCCCCGAGAAUGGAGGGAAAUACUGCUACGGCGUUCGCAUCAAAUACCGCUCCUGUAACCUCGACCCUUGUCCUGAGAGAGGUACAGGGAAGAGUUUCCGUGAGGAACAGUGCGAGGAGUUCAAUGGCUUAAACCUAAACACCAACAGGCUGGGCUCCAGCGUGGUUUGGGUUCCAAAAUAUUCAGGCAUCUCCCCCAAGGAUAAAUGUAAGCUCAUUUGCCGAGCCAAUGGGACCGGAUACUUCUACGUCCUUGCUCCAAAGGUUGUGGAUGGGACGCCUUGUUCUCCUGACACAUCGGCCAUUUGCGUCCAGGGAAAAUGUAUCAAGGCGGGCUGUGAUGGCAAGCUGGACUCCAACAAGAAGUUUGACAAGUGUGGUGUGUGUGGAGGGGACAACCAUGGCUGCAAGAAGGUCUCAGGAAUGUUCACAAAGCCCAUGCAUGGCUACAACUUCGUGGUCACGCUGCCUGUUGGCGCCUCCAACGUCGACAUCCGUCAGCGAGGCUACCGAGGCAUGGCUGGUGACGAAAACUACCUUGCUGUGAAGAAUCGCUACGGAAAGUACCUCCUGAACGGGAAUUACGUGGUGUCGGCCGUGGAGCGUGACCUGCUGGUGAAGGGCAGCCUUCUGCGCUACAGCGGAACAACCACGUCCGUGGAGAUUCUCCAGGCCACCAGACCCCUGCAGGAGCCUCUUACGGUUGAGGUUCUCUCCGUCGGGAAGAUGACCCCUCCCAGGGUCCGUUACUCCUUCCAUAUUUCGAAGGACAGCAAGGUAGAGAAGACUCUCUGGAAAGAGGAGAGGACCCACAAAACACCCAACAGCGUCCUGGCUGGGGGCGACAAGCCAGAGACUAAGAAGGGUGUGAUGGGUAAGAGUCCCGUAAGUCACUGGAUAGCGGGAGGAUGGGAUUCAUGUUCAGUGACCUGUGGGACUGGCCUCCAGAAGAGACUGGUGCAGUGCCAGAGUGUGGACGGGCUUCCUGCUGAUGACUGUGACAGUACUGAUCGGCCCGUGGGGGUGAGAGCAUGUGGAGAUCCCUGUCCCAGGUGGGACACCGGAACCUGGUCCCAGUGCUCCAAGUCCUGUGGGAGGGGUUUUAAAAGGCGGCCGGUGCGGUGCAUAACUGAGAAUGGUCUCAGUCUGCCCCGACAGCACUGCUCUGGAAAGAAGAAGCCUCAGGAACUGGACCUGUGCAACUUGAUGCCAUGUUAGAGCAGAAGAGACACCGGGAACUGGACUCUGGGAGGAAAGAACCAAGCUGAAAUCAGCUGGAGCGCUGGGAGCUGAUACUUCGAGGCCUUCUGCUGCACCGUCGUCUUCAUACACACUCGUUUACACUAGAGAAAAGAUUUGUCAAACCAUCUGAAACAGGUUGAUCUUGUGCUAAGUCUACCUCCAGCAGGACUGAAGACACAACAGCUGUGUAUGUACAAGAGUCUUUUCGAGACGCGGCGCAUGACGCAUCCUCACUGAGCUGAGUAUACGGGCGCUGCUCAAACGUCAGUGGCGAGAAAAUUAAGCAGUUUUCUUCAUUAUUUUACCAGAAAGAGUUAUGUGAUCGUCAUCUGAGUCACAGUAACAGAUGGACGCAAUGUACCACUUCUGUGUCUUGUACAUGAACCUGCCCAACAGACAUUCACCACGAUGAAGGAAAAAGUAAGUGAACCCUUGGAGCUACCAGCUGGUUGAAGCUCCUUCAGCAGCAGUGGCUUCAACAAGAUCUGCUAACUGUUCAGGAGUUCAGGACCUCCUCACCAAGGGAAGAGCCAAAAGAAGUUGCUUUGUCUUGGCUGGACGUCCACGACUAGGAGGAGUAGCUACAGGACCAAACGGUCUCCUUUCCUAGACAGAUUUUCUAACUGUGGACUGAUGGACGUCUGAACAUUCAGAUGAGUUUGUUUCUCUUUCCAGCCUUCUGCAGAUGAUCCACUCCUGAUUGUAUGUCCUCAGAGACCUCCUUUCAGCGAAGCAUGAACCACAUCAGCAGAUACUUCUGAUGGACGGCAAACGUCAACGUUGUUUGACAGUCAAUCAGAUCAAAGUGUCUCUAAACGACACAUCCAAACUGAACUCCAGCUGCAAUACGUCUCAAGGGUUCACAUACUUUUUUCUUCAGCUCUGUGAAUGUUUAACAGCUGUGUUCCACAGAGACACUGAACCUCUGCAGCACACGGGGUCGGUUUUACUGGCUUAGAUGAUGAUCGGAUCACAUUUUAUUGCAAAUGAAAGCAGAAAACCAGCUCAUCUCAACGGGUUCACAUAUCCUUUCUUGCCAUUGUAUAGGCGUUUGGCAGAUACCAGACGAGAAGUGCCGGAAGUCCGAAUGUAAGAGUUGCUACCAGGUUGAAAAGUGUCUGGAAUGAGCUGGGAAGACAUUAACAGUAUCCGUCACAUUUCACGCCUGACUGCUCCAGAAAUGUUCAUCUGGUGUUUUCCGGAGCUCUGAGUGAUGGCACUGCUGGAAUCAUGUUGUCUUAAUUUAACCCUCUUUUACUUCUUUUUCUCUCCCUUCCUUGACGACAUAGUGAUUCAGGCAAGCCUUGGGGUGGCGUUACGAUGGUUAACAUUUUAGCACAUGUAUCUCCAGAACAGUAUCUUCUUGAACAAAAGUUCUUCUGUCGCUGAUUCAUUUCAGGGAUCUGGAUAAAAACCAGCAUCUUUCCACCAUUUUCAAAAAACCGAACAUGAAAGUAAAAAAAAAAGAGUCUGAGGCAAAUUUUCAUAGAGUUUGGGAUGCAACUUUGUGAAAACAACUUUCGUUGAGUAACUUGUUUGAAAGGGACACGCCAGUCACAUUUGUUGGCGGAGCCAAAAGAUAUACUGCGAUGUUAAUAUCCCAAAUUAAUAAAACUUAGUGUUCACAAUUACUCCAACUUUCUUCAGGAAGCACACCAGAUUUAGCAACAUUUUGUCCAUGGAGGACAAAAGUGUCAAUCAUUUUGGAUGGUUCAAAAGUGAAGAAACUCAGUUGACCGUUCAGAAUCUCUUUUCUUCUCAUCAAACUUGGUAAAACCUCCCCGUUGGCUGCGUUGUUGAUGCUCUACAACCGUGUGUCGUAUUCCUGGGAAUCUUUCUGGAUCCCAGCGAAUACCUCUACCGCCUUUCUAUCUGAGUAGAGGGGUUUUUUGUGUGCGGUUGAUGGUCAUCUGGCAGAGAGAAACCAAACUGCUCUCCGGUCAGCUUCAACCCCAAUCCCGAAAGUAAAACUGUGCAUACGCGGUAGAAUCUGUACAAACUGAUAAAACCUAAACGUUCCCGAAUUCAUAACCAAAACAUUGAGCAACAUACUUGAAAGGUUAAGAGGUGUUUAGAGGUUAGUGUAUAUUAUGGCAUGAGUGUAGUUUGUAGUUUUUCUUGACUCUACGGAAGGAAAAUGACCAAAUCCACAACAUGAGUUCUUUGUUGGCAAAAACUUUCCUCAAAGCUAAAAGAAACAAAGCUUUUUCAGUUUUUCACUAAACAUUUCUGUUUUAUUCCCUCUGACAAACCCCCAUCAGAUAACUGUCUCUACUGACUAUGAGCGCCACAAAGCUCGAAAAAAACAAUCAUAUCACUUAGGUAAUUCAUGUGAGCAUUAGUGAUUAUUAAUCAAUCACACAAUAAGCACAGGAAAAAGUAGGGAAUUCAGUGUUUUUUAAAUCUGAGAAUAUGGCAGCUUCGCUUCUUAAAUGUUAGUAAAUUGGGUUCACUGUGCAUUUUAUUGACUUUUUUAGACAAAUAUGGCUGUUUUCAAUCUGUAGCUCCCAUUUCUUUUAAUUAGUUCAUGUAAUGAUUCUGUGUUAGCUCUGGAAGCUUCUGUUUCUCUUUUUACCAUCCUGAAAGAAAAAUUACAGCAGGUCUUUGUGACACAUUAAUGGUUAAUUAUGUUCUGUCAAUACAUGGUUUCCCCAAAAAAAAAAAAUUUUAAAACCUGACCACAUAGUUUAUUUUCUAAACUAGACCACAUAGUUUAUUUUCUUAACCUGACCAAAUGGCUGCUUUUAUGUGACCAAAGAAAAGUAAAAAAAAUAAAUAAAAAGGAUAAAACACCUGUUGAAAUUAUAGAAAAAUGACAUAAGACUAUUCUUCUUUUUGAGUAGGAAAUGAUGUUGAUACUGGUUAAAAUGAACCUCUUGAAAUGAACCUGAAGCCUAAAUGUCCGUUUCCCUCUGUUUACAAGCAAACGUGAAGACGGAGUUUUUGCAAAUCUCCACUUUGGCCAGAGUUUUCAGAAAUGAUCGUUUUGGUGACUUUGAGCUUAGUUUUCGAGUAAACGAACGGCCAAAACGCAUGAAAACACCACCGUUUUUGCUAUGUGGAAACGGGACCCGAGUCUAGCUGGUGGAGGUGGACCCGGGUCAGGAUUUGGGUUACCCUGCCCUUAUUGGUACACAUUUAUUCUCCAUUUGGGAUUAAUUUGAGUCGAUUUCAGUUAAAUAUGCUGCUUUGGUUAAAAUGCAGUCCGGCCAGGACACAACACUGUCUCCGGUCAGGACACAACAGUGUCAUGUACGUCAACAUUUCAAUAAUGUCAUCAUUUUUCAACAUAGUCUCAUUCAAUUUUCCAAAUAUUCAGUAUCAAAGCAGAAAAAGACCAAAACGAAAUCAAAAGAGAAAUCCACCUUAAAAGAUGGGUGGCCUCUGUCUUGGUGUCCGUUAUUGUUGUAGUUAAUUUGUAGGUGUUCAAUCUUCCUGGACCUGGAAUUAUGUUAGUUAUUAUGUUAGUUUCAUGGAGUAACAUCUGGAAUGUGUGAAACAUCAGGGAACACUGAUGAUUUUGAAUCCCAAGUAGUUGGAUUCGGUCCCACCAUCUGCUGUACAAGCCAAAUAUUAAUUUCAUGUUGUCUUUCUGUUCAGCGGGACCAGUUUAACCAUCUUCCAGCAGAGGAUUAGGGCCACCUUCAUGAGCAUGAACUCGUAAUAUUACGACAACACAGUACCAAUUUUACAAGAUAAAAGUUGCAGCAUGAUACAAAUGUAUGAUUUGCUCAUAAAAUUGACUUUCUUGUAGCUUCACAGCUUUAUUUUCAUGAAAUUACCACUUUUUGACACCAGAGUUUAACCUCAUUCUUGUAGUUACACGUUUAUUUUCAUAAAUUACAAAAAUGACAACUUUACAACCUUAUUCUUAUGAAUUUAUGACUUUAUUCUCUUUUUUCAUAAAAUUAUGACUUCAUUCUUCUAAAUUAAUAUUCUUCUGAUGUAAGAUUUUGAUUUAAUUUUCAUAAAUAAA